CUCCCUCAUUUCUGCUUCAGUUAUUUUCAACGAACCCAUCAACAGAUCUAUUUUAGAUUCACCUAUGGCUCAAACAGCAGCAGCAUCUUCAGAUUCUAUAAAGCCAAGAGAUGUUUGUGUUGUUGGUGUUGCACGUACUCCAAUGGGUGGAUUUCUUGGGUCUCUGUCAUCUUUACCUGCCACCAAGCUUGGCUCAAUAGCCAUAGAAGCUGCUCUUAAAAGGGCAAAUGUUGAUGCGUCACUUGUGCAAGAAGUUUUCUUUGGCAAUGUACUCAGUGCAAAUCUGGGUCAGGCUCCUGCUAGACAGGCUGCACUAGGUGCAGGAAUACCAAACUCAGUUAUAUGUACCUCCGUUAACAAAGUUUGUGCAUCUGGGAUGAAAGCAACAAUGCUUGCAGCACAGAGUAUUCAGCUGGGCAUCAAUGAUGUUGUUGUGGCUGGUGGCAUGGAGAGCAUGUCUAAUGCACCUAAAUAUUUGGCAGAAGCAAGGUUAAUACCAUUCUCCUGUUCACGGUUCCCUUGUUGUGUUCAAUUUAUGAUUUCUGAUCAAGUAUUAGCAUGCAGGAAAGGAUCUCGGUUUGGGCAUGAUACUCUUGUAGAUGGAAUGAUGAAAGAUGGACUAUGGGAUGUGUAUAAUGAUUGUGGCAUGGGCAGCUGUGCUGAAUUAUGUGCUGAGAAACAUGUUAUUUCAAGAGAGGAGCAGGAUAAUUUUUCUGUUCAGAGCUUUGAGCGUGGUAUUGCUGCUCAACAGGGUGGAGCCUUUACAUGGGAAAUUAUUCCGGUUGAAGUUCCCGGGGGAAGGGGAAAGCCAUCCAUCAUAGUUGACAAGGAUGAAGGCUUAGGAAAGUUUGAUGCUGCAAAAUUGAGGAAGCUGCGGCCAAGCUUCAAGGAUAAUGGAGGCACUGUUACUGCUGGCAAUGCCUCCAGUAUAAGUGAUGGUGCUGCUGCUUUAAUCCUUGUCAGUGGAGAAACAGCACUUAAGCUAGGACUGCAGGUGAUUGCAAAGAUUUCAGGAUACGCAGAUGCUGCUCAGUCUCCAGAGUUUUUCACAACAGCUCCAUCCCUUGCAAUACCCAAAGCCAUUUCUAAUGCUGGCUUGGAUGCUUCUCAAAUUGACUACUAUGAAAUCAACGAAGCCUUCGCUGUUGUGGCUCUUGCAAACCAGAAACUGCUUGACCUUAAUCCAGAGAAGAUUAAUGUGAACGGUGGAGCUGUAUCCUUAGGACAUCCUUUGGGUUGCAGUGGAGCCCGUAUCUUGGUCACACUUUUGGGGGUUUUGAAGCAGAGAAACGGGAAAUACGGAGUUGGUGGUGUUUGCAACGGAGGUGGAGGUGCAUCUGCACUUGUUGUAGAGCUCCUGUAAGCAGUUUUUAUGUUUAGGUAAGUCUCAUGCGUACUGAAAUAAUCAGUUCAAUAUUGUAUGAUGUUGCAACCGUCUUUUCAAGUAUUCAGAGGAUAAAUUCAUGCUGCCAAACACAGUUUGAUGUUGUGCAAUUUUUAUUUCAUUCUCAAAUAAGUUGUAGUGUAGUGAAUGAAUGGAAUGUUUAAUUAGGUUUGAGAAGAAAUAUAUGUUCAAUGUUGCUUUUGGUUUUCCUUG